AUGGCGCAGCCGGAUAGCAAGAAAAUUUUCUUUGAGAACCUGUCGGGAGCAGGGAAAGCCAUCGCGGUGCUCACGAGCGGCGGUGAUGCUCAAGGGAUGAAUGCUGCUGUGCGUGCUGUGGUACGAAUGGGACUAUACGUGGGAGCAAAAGUUUAUUUCAUUCAUGAGGGAUAUCAGGGUAUGGUGGAUGGUGGGGAGAAUAUAAGGGAAGCCACAUGGGAAAGUGUCUCCAGCAUGCUGCAAGUGGGUGGGACUGUUAUCGGUAGCGCACGCUGCAAAGAGUUUCGCACACAUGAAGGACGCCUAAAGGCAGCUCUCAAUCUGGUACAGCGUGGCAUCACUAACCUUUGCGUGAUUGGUGGAGAUGGCAGCUUGACAGGCGCCAACCUUUUCAGAGAGGAAUGGAGUGGACUGCUCACUGAGCUGGUGGAACAAGGCUCAAUCGAAGCUGACGCUGUCCAGAAAUACUCAGCCCUUCACAUUGUGGGGAUGGUCGGCUCUAUUGACAAUGACUUCUGCGGAACUGACAUGACAAUUGGAACUGACUCGGCUCUGCACAGAAUAAUUGAAGUGGUGGACGCGAUCAUGACAACUGCACAGAGUCACCAGAGGACAUUUGUGUUAGAGGUGAUGGGCAGACACUGUGGGUACCUGGCCUUGGUGAGCGCCCUGGCUUGCGGUGCAGACUGGGUCCUGAUCCCUGAGAUGCCCCCAGAGGAUGGCUGGGAGGACAAGAUGUGUCAAAAACUGUCUGCGAACCGAGCAGGAAUGAAAAGGCUGAAUAUCAUAAUUGUAGCAGAAGGUGCGAUUGAUCAAAACAACAAGCCAAUAACUACUGACUAUAUUAAAAAUCUUGUUGUCAAGUGCUUGGGUUUUGACACAAGAGUGACAAUUCUGGGACAUGUGCAGAGAGGAGGGACACCAUCUGCUUUUGAUCGCAUCCUGGCCAGCCGUAUGGGCGUGGAGGCCGUUCUCGCCCUUCUGGAGACCACCGCCAACACACCAGCCUGUGUGGUCUCUCUGUGCGGUAACCAAUCAGUGCGCCUGCCUCUGAUGGAGUGUGUACAGAUGACUCAAGAGGUCCAGAAAGCCAUGGACGAGAAACGAUUCGAGGAGGCAGUUAAGCUUCGAGGCCGGAGUUUUGAAAACAACCUGAAGACAUAUAAACUGCUGGCUCAUCGGAAACCAGAGUCUGAACUGCCAAUUAGUAACUUCAACGUGGCAGUGUUGAAUGUGGGCGCGCCUGCAGCUGGCAUGAAUGCAGCCGUCCGUUCAGCUGUCCGAGUGGGCAUUUCUGAGGGGCAUAAGAUGUUCGCUGUCAAUGAUGGCUUUGAAGGCUUCUGUAAAGGACAGAUUAAGGAGAUUAAAUGGGCUGAUGUGGGAGGAUGGACGGGACAGGGUGGAUCUCUGCUGGGAACUAAAAGAACACUUCCUGCAAAGCACGUUGACAAAAUUGCAGAUCAGAUGAGAAAGCACAACAUAAAUGCACUUCUAGUUAUUGGUGGAUUUGAGGCACUUGAGAGUCUGCUGCAGCUGUAUGAUGCUCGCGCUACCUAUGAGGAGUUUUGCAUCCCGAUGGGUAUGCUGCCUGCCACCAUAAGUAACAAUGUACCUGGCACAGAUCUAAGUAUUGGGGCAGACACGGCCCUCAAUGCCAUCGUAGAGACUUGCGAUCGCAUCAAGCAGUCUGCCAGUGGAACGAAGAGGCGCGUGUUCAUCAUCGAGACCAUGGGGGGUUACUGUGGAUACCUGGCCAGUGUCGGAGGCCUGGCCGCUGGCGCCGAUGCCGCUUACAUUUACGAGGAGCCGUUUGACAUCAGAGACCUGCAGGCCAAUGUGGAGCACCUGACAGAGAAAAUGAAGACCAGCAUUCAAAGAGGCCUGGUUCUCAGGAAUGAGAACAGCAACGAGAACUACACCACAGACUUCAUCUACCAGCUGUACACCGAAGAAGGAAAAGGGGUGUUCGACUGCAGGAAGAAUGUGCUCGGACACAUGCAGCAGGGCGGCGCGCCGUCUCCAUUCGACCGUAACUUCGGUACCAAGAUCUCUGCUAAGGCCAUGCAGUGGAUCUCCAAAAAACUGGUGGAGACGUUCAGACAAGAUGAAGGCCGAGUGUUUGCUAACACCGAGGACUCCUGCUGUUUACUGGGAAUGCGCCGCAGGGCUCUGGUCUUCCAGCCCGUGGUUCAACUCAAGGACGAGACUGAUUUUGUCCACAGGAUCCCGAAGGAGCAGUGGUGGUUAAAGCUCCGUCCUCUCAUGAAGAUCCUGGCCAAGUACAAGACCAGCUACGACGUCUCGGACUCCGGACAGCUGGAACACGUCAUGCGCAACAGACCCAAAGAGCUGGACGCCUCAGUGGCCAUGUAGGGCCCGUAGUACGUACGAUGGCCAGCGAGGCGUCAAAACCCGUGUGUCGUAAAAAAAAAAAAAAAAAAAAAAAAACAGCUCCAGUUACAACGUGUGUAUUUUCGGCAUCAUCCUGUGUCCAUUUCCAGUAUUUGUUCUUUUUACCUUCGACGAUUCUGCCACCCUUCACUGUGUUUUGACAGUUUAACAGUAACCUCCUCAGUGCUCCUGAUAUGAAAAACACACAGUAUCGGUCAGUACCCCAUCACACACACACACAUAUAACUCUCUCCGGCCAUGCAUCUGUGUGUGUGUCUCUGUCAGCCCUGGAUGUUUAGUGUCACUGUUAAAAAUUAAAUUGCACUUUCUCUGUCUGCAGUCGCUUAGGCAGACUCUGCGCCCAGAGCUGCGAGAGGACAGAAUAGACACUGUAUCUGCUGUUAAACCAGUCUGUGUGUGUGUGUGUGUGUGUGUGCGUGCGUGUGUGUGUGUGUGUGUGUGUAUCUGCCUAGAACCAGUGAGAGGUUCAGCAUAUUUAUGUGAGACUGAUGCAAUACAGCUCUACUGCCGCAAGUCAAGAGAACUGCGUGCUGUGCUUUACACUGAGACUAAUAUUUAUCUUUUUAACGUUGUACUAUUAUUUUGCUUGUAAACAUGGAUAUAUUCUUAACUGUAGGCACUGCUGUACCAAGUAGAUGUCUGUCAUAUUGCACCAACAGAUUAGAUGUAUGAGACUAAUGUUUCCCACAGAAUAAAACCAUGCCUUGACAAGUGGAUC